AUGCCGCAGCUCCGCACUCCCGCAUCCCCCUCCUGUUACCAGGGUCCCAUCACCCCCAACCCUCCCAGGGACCGCGCCGGUCCCCCGCUACCUGCGAGGCGGCCUCCGCCAUGGCGCGACAAUCACUGCGCCCCCUCCCCGCCGCCUUUAACGGGCCCGCCCCGGCGGAAGCGGGAGGCGGAGCCGGAGCCGGGCUCGGGGAUGGCGCUGGAGGCGCUGCGGCCGCGGGCCGUGCGCUGGGCGCUGCUGGCCGCCUUCGCCGCCGGUGUGCUGGUGGGGUGGCAGGCGGGACGCGCCCGCCGCCGCUUCCUGCGCUGGCGCCAGCGCUGGCUCCAGCGCCGCCUCGCAGCCGCGCAGGAGCAGCUGGAGGCGGCCUGAGCCGCGCGGAAACCCCGGCCCCGGAGCACGGCCCCGGCCGCGCUCGCUGCCCUGGAGCGGGGCUGCAGCUCGGCGCGGAGCUCCGGGUGCCUGCGGCAGCCUCGCUGGAUGCCGCCUGAGGGAACCGGGUUCACCGCACGCUGAUGCCAGAGGGGAACGCACGUGGAAGCGGUGCUGGGAACGGACGGCG